AUGUCCGGCACUCUACUCGACGAGAAGCCGCGCGCUUGCACCAACUGCUCACGGGCUAAGGCCAAAUGCGCCCGGGUCGACGAUGGCGUUGACAUCUGCCAGCGGUGUCUCAAGAAUAACUUGACGUGUUUCACGUCCGAUUCUAUGUCGACAAAACGGCGGGGCAAAGCGACUCAUGCAGUAGUGUUGGAGAAAAAGCUGGACGACAUAAUGGCUCUUUUGACGCGAGGGCGAGAGUGUACAUGCUCUUCUGAGCGGCUAACCGAACGCCCUACAGACUCCAGCAAGGGCGAUACCCCAACCACAAUGCAAGCUUCAUACCAAGACCAACCACUGGCCGCAUCAUCGAAUCAAUCGGCAGGAACUGGUGUCUAUAACGGAUCGAUUGCCAUCGUCCCCGGAUUUGAAGUUUCGUUCUUGGAGGCGGACCAAAUCCUUCAAGAAUACAUGACCACCAUGGUUCCGGAGUUCCCUUUUGUUCCACUCUCCACCAGAAAUUCAUACAGCAUGCUGAAACAUAAACCGCUACUUCUGAAGACCAUUUUAUGGGUCUGCAGACCCCCGCCACCCGAGAUUUCAGCUGUAUUCGAAAGCUGGUUCCGACAACACGUUGCAAACGAGACUGUUGUUCUGAUGAACAAGGACCUCGAGCUGGUUCAGGCUAUCCUAGUAUUUCUUACCUGGUACCAACAACCCAGUUUCGUCGUUUUCUCUUACGCGGUCAGUGAACUUGGUCAACUUACAAUGCUACUUUUCAGGAAUGACAUCUAUUUUUACGCCGCGACCAAAGACACAACCCUCGUUCAAUUGGCGAUCUGUUUGAUAGAUGAUCUGAGACUGACGCAACUUCGGUCGAGAGAGAAUCUGGCCUUCGAAUCGAUAGUCGAGGACGCAGCUCACAUGCAGAACAAUCUGCAACCUCAGCCAAAGCAAACCAAAGAGGACUGGCGGACCUUGCUGGGGGUCUAUUAUAUAGCUUCUACACUAUGCAGCCUGCUUGGCAAACGAUACAGAUUAGAGUACAUGGCGCACUUUGAUGACUGCUGUAAGCAGCUGCAGCGUGACCAAGAAUAUCUGACAGACUCGUUGGUAAGCCUUGUGGGCAUACGAAAAAUCGGAAUGAAGGUGAACGAUUCCUUCUGGGAAAUGAUUGGUAACCCUAACAAUCAACCGUCUGGAGGCGUUUACUCUAUAGCAGUGGCUUCUAUUCAGAAUGAGUUGGAUACAUUCAUGAAUCAGCUACCAGCAAAUCUGAAGUGGAACCAUCUUCUGCGGACGCACUAUGCUUCGAUUCGUAUUCGCUUGUUCGAGCCCUUCAAAUUCGGCGACAAAAGUGGAACGCUACAACUUACGCACCUGAGAUCGCGAACGAUCUGGGAUUGUUUGCAGAGCACACACGAACUAUACGACGCAUUUCGCUUGGUACCAGUCGAGUCGUUUCCAUCCCUCACUGUCAUAUCCAUCCUGCACAUUGCUCUCGCUAUUAUCAAAGCCUCUCGACUGCUAUGUGUCGAGGACCGGGCGUGGGAUCUGAAUGCUGCACGGACGAUGUAUAACCUUCCGGGCAUCCUUCAGCAGCUGAGCAAGGUGUUUGAAGAUGCUAGCAGCGGUGGAAGUCCUCGAAGUAAGAUGAUUGUUCACGGGUUGCCCAUAUUUUCUGACUAUGCGGAAGCAUACCGAGGCAUUGAACGCUUGUAUCUCGACAGACUCAACGCUAAUGUCGUUCUCUCGAGCCUGUUUUUGGUGAACCCGAUGAAUGCAUCUGUUGAAGACAAUGAGCUUGAUUUCUGGAAUCAACUGACUUGA